UACGUCGCGCCCGCGGUUUGCUCGCGUUGCAUUAAUGUAUUUUUAAUUUUAAGAUUAUUUAAACAAAUCUAAUUACCUACCAAAAGUGUAUCAAUAUGAAGGUGGUGGAUAAACGGAGUGCUAAAAAGCAGAAAAAUAAGAAGAAGUUACUCACAAAACCAAAAAAGGAAAAAGUUUUGGUAGUCGCACAAGAAUUUAAAUUUGCAAAAUUAUUAUCUGGAAAUGAGAAGAAAAGCCGCGAUCGUGUAUUGAAAACACUUAAAAAGUGGCUUUUGAAUUGUUUUUCAAAGAAUUAUGUUUUCAAAGAAGAUGACUUCAUACGUGUGUGGAAAGGACUUUUUUACGCAGUUUGGAUGUCGGAUAAACCAUUGGUUCAGGAAGACCUAUGUGAAAGUAUAUCGCAAAUCCUCGAUCUGUUCCCAAAUGAACAGCUCGACAAUGCCAUAAUGAUGACCAAAGUGGGAUUCAAAGUGCUAGCCAUGGAGUGGUAUGGGAUAGACCAGCAUAGGAUUGAUAAGUUUAUGAUGCUUGUACGUCGUUACUUGCGCGGCAGUUUUCGAUGUUUGUUACGCACGGAUUGGGACCUAGAGGCUUGUAAAAAGUACGCCAACAUGCUCUCUUCGGAGGAUGGUCUAUUGGCACUCAAGACACCGUUUUACGCGAGAAAUGCACUGUCGUUAAUAUUACAUGUCAUUGAUUGUUAUUUAGAAGAAUUGUCUAAAAUAUCCAAAGGCAAGAUCUCCAACGAGAGCCUGCUAGAACUAAUCGAUCCCUAUCUAAAGCAUGUAUGCAACGGUGAGAGUGUCCAAGUGGCCAUCACUUGCCGUCAACUAUUGACAGAUUGGAUAAAACAGAGCGAAGCCGGCUUGAAGUAUGCUGGAGCUACUGUGGCUUGGAAGAAGAUGGGUUGUCCUGCCGGUGGGCCGGAUGCUCUCGAGCUGGUGUCCGAUGAUGAGGCUGAUGAUGAGCAGCAACAGGAACCGGAGAGUGAACAGUCAUCAGCGCUAGACCCUCGAGCUGGUCACGUGGACGUUGUACUGGAACCUCUCCCCGUACCCUCGGAGCUGGUGGUGGAACGCACCAAGUUGCUGAUGAAGAGCUGUUCCUGUCCCAAAGCUUAUAAACGAGCUAAGGCCUGUUUGGAGAGAUUCGAGAAACUAUCCCGCGAUGAUUAUCCCCUGAAAAUUAAAAUGGAAGAAGUAGAAAGUAAAUUACCGCAAUCUGCCAAAAAGAAAGCUGCAGCUGCGUUGAGGAAUCUGGAGAGAAAUCUCGUUGUUAGCGCUGAUGAAUUGGCUCUUAGAGGUCUCCGUCGUAAACACAGAAAGCGUCUGCUCGCCAAAACUCGCGCCGGUCUCAGUAUUGUGGAAGAUGUACAAACAGACAAACAUAAAAACCUCACGAAUGGUGAUACAACAUCAGAAGAAAAAACGGAAAAACCCAGCAAAAAUAAAUUUAAAAACAACAAGCGUAAAAAUCAAGAACCAAGCAAAGAAGUUGUUAUUAAAAAGGCUAAAGUAGAACAUAUUAAAGUUACUAAGUUGAAAACUUCAAGUAAUUUAAGUGAAAAUAAAUUAAAUAAAAAGUCUAAUAAGGAAAAUGUUAAAGUAAAUAAUGACAAUGGCGUAGACAAUAAGAAUGUUUCUAAAAAGGUUAAAAAUGAAGAUAAAGUAGCGAAUAAAAAACAAGAGAAAAGCAAGAAAAAUGAAGUUAUAGUUAAUGGUAAUAAACCAAAAGUAUUAGAUUCAAAAUCUGUUAAAAAAGAAAAUAUACCUAAAGAAACUACUAAAGUAGUUAAGAAAGAAGCGAAUAAAGAAAAACAAAUUAAAACAAAAGACGCAAAAACAAAUAAAACAGAUAACAAAGACACAAAAGCUAAAAAUUAUCAGAAACAAGUGGACAAUAAAAACAUGGAGACGCCGAAAAAAGUUAAAUUCGUUUUAAAAAAUAAUUGUAUGCAAGGAACUAUAGAUUAUUAUAAGAGUGUACGGCAAAGUCCGAAUAUUCCCUUUGACAGUAGUAAAAAACCGAAUAAAACGAAUUUAAAACCGUCAACCCCGUCACCGAUAAACCCUUUCUUUAAAAAGAAACUUAAAUUACGAGGAAAGUUCUAGAUAAAUUUUCACAUGCAUUUUUGUUAAAAUAAAGUUUCUUUUUCGUUUGACAAAUUUCUUUGUUAGGGCCGAUUUUUCAAUCCCUGGUUAAAACUUAUCCGUCCAAUAA